AGAACUUUCGACUCGGAAUAGCUUCGCUCGAAUGCAAUCCUCAAGAAUAUAACCGUCAAUCGCAUGAAUGGGUGGCAGUCUACGUCUGACAUCUCUUCCCAUGCGACCAUGCCUUCACACAUUGCGCCAAUGCCGACCUUAUAGCACCGGCUUCAGGUCAAGUUGGCGCCUUUCUGGCCGUCACCAUGACCUGAGCACAUCGCCGCCGCAGCUACAACUUGCAGCUCUUUGCGCGCAUCGUACCGCGGCGCCUCUUGUGUCUAGGCACUAUGCGAGUACGAAAGCAGUUGUCGGCGACCUUGAACGCCGGAUAGCUGCGAUACCCAUCUCCCGAUUUCGAAACUUCUGCAUCGUAGCACACAUUGACCACGGCAAAUCCACACUCAGCGACCGACUCCUUGAGAUCACCGGCACGAUUUCCUCUUCCGCCGGCAACAAGCAGAUCCUGGAUACCCUCGAGGUCGAGCGGGAGCGCGGCAUCACCGUCAAAGCGCAGACCUGUACGAUGAUCUACAACCACAACGGGGAGGACUAUCUGCUGCAUCUAGUCGACACCCCUGGGCACGUCGACUUCCGUGCUGAGGUUACGAGGUCCUAUGCAAGCUGUGGCGGCGCACUGUUGCUUGUCGAUGCCAGUCAAGGCAUCCAGGCCCAGACUGUGGCCAACUUCUACCUGGCUUUCGCAGAGGGACUAAAGAUCCUGCCUGUCGUCAACAAGAUCGACAUGAAUGCCGCAGACGUACCAAGAGUGCUUGAGCAACUCCAGUCGACCUUCGAAAUCGAUUCCAGCAAGGCCAUUGGCGUCAGCGCCAAGACAGGCCUAAAUGUCAAGCAGCUUUUGCCAGCUAUCGUCGAGAACAUCCCAGGACCCGUUGGGGACGAGACGAAGCCACUGAGGGUCUUACUGGUCGACUCCUGGUACGAUAGCUUCAGAGGCGUCAUUUGCCUCGUUCGUGUCUUUGAUGGUACCGUCAGGCCUGGAGACAAUCUCGUUAGUUUCGCCACGGGGACCAGGUACACGGUUGGAGAAGUAGGCAUCAGGUAUCCCAUCCAGACGCCUCAGACAGUUCUCAGGGCUGGCCAGGUCGGCUACAUCUUCUUCAAUCCCGGCAUGAAGAGGAUCAAGGACGCCAAGAUUGGCGAUACUUUCACCACGGUGGGGUCCGAAGCUACGGUUGAGCCUUACCCCGGCUUUGAAGAGCCGAAGCCCAUGGUCUUCGUCGCUGCUUUCCCCACCGAUCCCGCAGACUACCAGCGUCUUGCUGACGAUAUCGGCCAGUUGGUGCUCAACGACCGUAGUGUCACCUUGAUGAAGGACCAUUCCGAUGCUUUGGGGGCCGGUUGGCGCCUGGGCUUCCUUGGCAGUCUUCACUGUUCCGUUUUCCAAGACCGUCUGCGCCAGGAGCACGGAGCCAGCAUCAUCAUCACUGAACCAGCCGUUCGAUCGAAAGUGCAGUGGCAGGAUGGCACUGAGACCGUAAUUACGAAUCCGAAUGAGUUUCCGGAAGCUGAAAGCAACCCAAAAGUCCGAGGUGCCACCUUCUUCGAGCCCUUCGUCCUUGCCACACUCACAUUGCCAGAAGAGUACCUUGGUCGCGCGAUUGAACUCUGUGAAGCUAGUCGCGGCGAGCAGGAAAGCAUCGAGUUCUUCCAUGGAUCACAGGUCAUCUUGAAGUACCGUAUUCCCACGGCAGAACUCGUCGACGACAUGUUCGGCAAGCUCAAGGGCGUGACGAAGGGUUAUGCGACGCUUGACUACGAAGACGCUGGUUGGAAGAAGUCGCAGUUGGUGAAGAUGCAGCUCCUGGUCAACAAGGAGCCCGUGGAUGCCAUCAGCCGAGUCGUGCACGCGUCUCAAGUUGAACGGCUAGGGAGGCAAUGGGUCACCAAAUUCAAAGAGCAUGUUCAAAGACAAAUGUUUGAAGUCAUUAUCCAGGCCGCUGUUGGUAAAAAGAUCAUCGCCCGAGAGACCUUGAAGGCGUUUAGAAAAGAUGUCCUGGCCAAGUUGCAUGCCAGUGACAUCACGAGAAGGAAGAAGCUGCUCGAAAAGCAGAAAGCUGGCCGUAAGCGCCUUCGUGCUGUGGGCAAUGUUGUCAUUGAACAGGAAGCCUUCCAACGCUUUCUAUCUAAAUAAGGUGACAAAAUCACAUGUAGCAUAUGUAAAAUAGAGAUAUUUGCAAAAACUUAAUACCGCGUUGCAUUGGACCAGAUGUUUCUCAAUUGUUCGAGAUUGGUAGGAGAUGGCAGAUCACUUUGGACAACGCCCGACAUAUAACUAACGAUACUGGCAAAACAAAGAGGACAACCCUGUAUCACGAUAUCGCCCGUGGUCGAAUUCGAGCAGUCCAUCAAAAAGCCUCACCCGGCCGUCUUACCAGACCGAGAAAUGUGCCUGCGUAUUCACCAUGCCAAGGACUUUGAAGACCACAUCUGACCCUUUCCGCAAGCCUUGGGCCUACUGCCGUCGGUAGGAUGACAAACACACUCCGACCCACAGCAGAGCCUGGAAUACCAAUAAUGUUUGUCCUUUGUUUCACUGCAUGUUAG